ACAAAAACUCUCUCUCCUCUCUCUUCUCUCUCUCUCUUCCUUCAUCCUCAUCAGUAAUCAAGUCGACAAAGCAAGGACUGUGUUUCUGGCACCUGCACUGGAACAGACCAAUCCAAUAUCCAUAUAGAGAGAGAAAGACGAAGAUAGAGAGAUAAUCUGAGUGUGUAUAUGUGUGUGAAUUGUGAUUCCAAUUCGAGAUGUUUACUUGAUUUGUUGAGGUUUUGUUCAGUUGAUUCUGGAGGAAGGCUUUGUGUUGAUUUCUUCAGAAUAGUCUUCAUAUGAUCAGAGAUCUGCGUUAAGAAUUGAUCAGAAAUGACUUCUACUACAGAUAUGCCUUUCACUGGAAACGUCAGCGGAGAAAGAGACAGAGAUAGAGAUAGAGAUAGCUUCUCUUCUGGUAACAACGAGCCAAAUGAUGUCGCCGGACAAGUGAUUCCAGAAGCCGCGCUCUACGCAGAGCUUUGGCGUGCCUGUGCUGGUCCUCUCGUAACCGUUCCUAGUGAAGGCGAACUCGUCUUCUACUUCCCGCAAGGACACAUUGAACAGGUGGAGGCGUCAACUAACCAGGUAGCUGAACAGGAGAUGCCUAUUUAUCGUCUUCCAUCCAAGAUCCUUUGCCGUGUGAUGGACGUACGCUUAAAGGCUGAACCGGAAACAGACGAGGUUUACGCCCAAGUGAUUCUACAUCCAUUGAAAGAAGAUGAGAAUCAAGUGAAGGAUAUUCAACCUUCUCCCCCACCUAAUUUUCGUGUACAUUCCUUUUGUAAGUCACUCACUGCCUCAGAUACUAGCACUCAUGGAGGAUUUUCUGUGCUAAGACGACAUGCUGAUGAGUGUCUUCCUCCAUUGGAUAUGUCAAGGCAGCCUCCAACACAAGAGCUAGUGGCAAAAGAUCUGCAUGGAAAUGAGUGGCGUUUCAAGCAUAUUUUUAGGGGUCAACCACGAAGACAUCUCCUUCAGAGUGGUUGGAGUGUGUUUGUAAGCUCCAAGAGGCUUGUUGCAGGGGAUGCAUUCAUAUUCCUAAGAGGUGAGAAUGGGGAACUUCGUGUGGGAGUAAGACGAGCCAUGAGAAGACAGUGCAAUGUUCCAUCAUCAGUGAUUUCAAGCCAUAGUAUGCAUCUUGGUGUUCUCGCAACUGCAUGGCAUGCAUAUACUACUGGAACAAUUUUCACAGUCUAUUACAAACCCAGGACUAGCCCAGCUGAGUUCAUCAUACCUUUCAAGCAAUACAUGGAGUCAGUGCAAAGUACUUAUUCAAUAGGGGUGAGGUUCAAAAUGAGGUUUGAAGGCGAAGAAUCUCCGGAGCAAAGAUUUACUGGAACUAUAGUUGGAAUUGAGGAUUCUGAUCCUAAAAGAUGGCCGGAAUCUAAAUGGAGAUGUCUUAAGGUUCGAUGGGAUGAAACUUCAACUAUUCCUCGUCCAGAUAAAGUUUCACCAUGGAAAAUAGAACCUGCUCCAACUCCACCCGCACCAAAUUCCCUUCCAGUCCCGAGGCAAAAACGUCCUCGACCCAACAACAUAUCACCCGAUUCAUCUGUACUCACCCGAGAAGGCACUUCAAGUAAGAUAACAAUAGACCCUUUUCUAUCAAGGGUCUUACACGGUCAAGAAUCAUCGUCCAGCGCUUUGAACGAGAUUAAUAAGGAAUCAGACGCCACUCAGGAAGAUGACAAGUUUGAAUUGGGAGAUGGAUCAUCAUCAUCAUUUGUAGCAGCAGCUAGACCCAAGUCUACAUUUACAGAUUUAUUAUCGGGAUUUGGGAGUAGGAAAAUUGUUUCCAGGGAUUUCUAUCCUCGACCAACUGAUCAUCAAAACAUAAAAUCAUGGUCUCAACCGUCUUCAUCACUCUCACUUAACCUAUUAUUGGAUACUACCAUGAAUUCUUCUUGUACUCAAGGUCAGGGAAAUUGGCUUAUGCCACCUCCACCUACUCCAUCUCCUCAUGCGAGAGAGCCAGUUCUUAAGAAACCCGGUAACUGCAAACUUUUUGGUAUAUCCCUUACUAACAGCAACUUCAGCAGCCCCGUCACAUCGGAAAAUCCAAAAUUGGUUGAUACUCAAAUCGCUAUCAUCGACCAAGAGAAGUCCUACCAAGAUCAUCAUCGUCAAGGCAGUUCAACAAGAAGUUGCACCAAGGUUCACAAGCAAGGAAUUGCACUGGGUAGGUCAGUGGACCUAACAAAGUUCAACAAUUACGAAGAACUAUUGAAUGAACUCGACAGGAUAUUUGAAUUCAACGGUGAUCUGAAAGCACGCGACAAGAAUUGGUUAGUUGUGUAUACUGACGAUGAAGGUGAUAUGAUGCUUGUUGGAGAUGAUCCGUGGCAGGAAUUCUGCGGGAUGGUUAGGAAAAUAUUUAUAUACACUAGGGAGGAAGUGCAGCGAAUGAACCCGGGGACCUUGAAUUCGAAGAUCGAGGGAAAUUCAUCAGAUGAAGAUGAAACAACUAAAGAUAGAAAAGGUAAUGCUCAACUUCCUUGCGUUUAGGUAUUAUUGAUCAGAUGUUAAAAAGAGAGUUCUUCAAUUAUUAUUAGUUUAUUAUAACUAUUUUGGAAAUGAAAUGAGGGAGUUGAAAUUUAGUAUUAUAUACAGAGUGGUUUUUCGAUGACUUUAAACUUUCUAUAGCCCUUUGUAAAUAACCCAUAUAUACUCCUCUUUUUUUUUAACAUAUAAACUUAUGUACUAAUGAUGUCUUCUUAAGUCA